AUGACAAAAGAACCAUACUUUAUUUCUAAUUUAACUUCAAUAAAACCUAGCAACAAUAGAAACUACUCGAUUGUAUCUCCAGAUUUACCAAGUCUCACUAAUACUCAAUUAAAAUAUGCACCCCCGUUAACUACAAAUAUUAAUAAUUCUACCAACAUUGAUGUUGGCAAUAAAGCAAGAAAACGUUCUAUUGAACCAUAUUAUAGUAAACCUGUGAAAAUCGGGGUUUUACCACCAGCUAUUUUAAAUCAAUUUGCUUAUCAUUUCCAUGAUGAAUGUGCUAUCAUUGAUGAUGAUGAUGAAGAUGAUGAAGAAUUAAUCAAUUAUUCUGGUUCAGUAAUUGCGCCAGGAAACAUGUUAGGUACAGUGUUUGAUAAUUAUGAUCAACAUGAACUGGAAACAUAUACUGAAGAAUAUUCUAAUAUUGAUUGUUUUAGAAAAUUAAUGGCCAAAGUUAAAGUACCAUUAGUAAAUGAUGGAGUUGGUUCAAACAUCAAUACUUUUAGAUUAGAACAUUAUUUUAAACACAAUGGUGAAAGUUUAAAAGAAAAAUUAUUAGAUAAAAGCAAUAAUCCAAAUGUUUUAAUUAAUGAAAGAAGUAGAAAAUUGUCUGAUUCUUUACUGGCUCCUGAUUUGCAACAAGUUGGAUUUGCAAGUGAUCAUUAUGAUUAUUCUGAAGAUAGUUAUUCUACAGUCAUUAGAGGUAAUGCUAGAGACGAUUAUGGUGACAAUAACGAACCAUAUAGUUUUUUGAUUUAG